AAUUCAGUCGAGCCAUCGAUUCCCUGACUGCACAGACUGCGCGCCUGGAUGCUUCUUUGCCACGGCCGGCGAGCUGACUUUGGAUUAACCUACUGACACGCACACGUGGAUGGCCGCUUAGCUUAAGCAUUCUGGUUUGCAUCCCCAGGCAGCCAGCCAGGUUCGUCGCACUAGAAUCCUAGUAGAUAAUUAGCUUUGAUCUGGUUAGUCCUAACGGAGAGCUGCAUAAACAAAUCCGCUUGAGAUGCCCGCAGUUUCCGUGUCAGUGACAAUGAGAGCAGGUCUACCUCUAGCAGCAGCGGUUUGAUUCGCCCGAUGCGGACGCUCGGCUUUUGAUGACCUCGCCGCCUCGGAUCCCUCGCGCUUCUAGUGACCAGCCGGUACUCCCCGGCUCCCCGCCGUGCCACCUAGCUCGUCGCGGCCCGCGCGCGCGCACGGCAUGAAGCGGCACCACGCGGCGGCUGAGCUGCCCCUGUCGGCGCCGGCGGGCGACGGCGGCGGCCUGCGGCUGGUGGAGGAGGAGGACAAGCAGGGCAAGUUCGACAAGGCGCAGCGCCGCUGCUCCCGCCUCUGCUUCCUCCUCGUGCUCGCCGCCACUGUAUCCAUGCUUGCGCGCCACUGCUACGACUCCGGCCUCGCCGGGGGCGUGGUGCGCGUCGAGGGGGUGCCUAAAUCUCGGAAGAUAGUUCCAAUCGCUCGCGGCGAACUGUCGAUCUCUCACCGUUCCCCUUCGGCACCGGAAGCCGGCGACGAGAGGGUUUUGGCAGGCAACGGCGAGAAGGAGUUGUCCAAGACUUCGGCGUCGGUGUCGUCGGGCGCCGGCGACAAGUCGUCCGGCUCUUCCAUCGGGGUUUCUGAGUCUGACAAUGGUGACAGGACAGUAUCGGAGGACUCGCCCCCGGCUCCUCACGGUGACCAGCACAGUGGCCACGCCUUCGCCCGCGCGCUGGCGGCGGUGGACGGCAGGGGGCGCGACCUGUGUGGCGGGCGGUACAUCUACGUGCAGGAGCUGCCUCCUCGCUUCAACGCGGACAUGGUCCGGAGCUGCGGGACGCUCUCGCCGUGGACGGACAUGUGCGGGUACACGGCCAACGGCGGCUUCGGCCCGCAGCUCCGCAGCGGCGACGAGGGCGAGUUCCAGGAGACCGGCUGGUACGACACCGACCAGCACGCGCUGGACGUCAUCCUCCACGACCGGAUCAGGCGGUACGAGUGCCUUACAGACGAUCCCUCCCUCGCAGCCGCCGUCUUCGUGCCGUUCUACGCCGGCCUCGACGUCGCGCGGCACCUCUGGGGGUACAACGUCUCCACGCGGGACGCCCUGGCGCUGGAGCUGGCGGACCUGCUCACCGCGCGGCCCGAGUGGCGCGCCAUGGGCGGCCGCGACCACUUCUUCGUCGCCGGCCGCACCACGUGGGACUUCCGGCGGCUGGCCGACGGCGACGCCGAGUGGGGGAGCAAGCUAUUCGGCCUCCCUGCCAUCAGGAACAUGACCGCGCUCGUUGUGGAGGCCAGCCCAUGGCACCUCAACGACGCCGCUAUCCCGUACCCGACCGCGUUCCACCCUGCGUGCGACGAGGACCUCUUCGUCUGGCAGGACCGGAUGCGCGGGCGGCACCGCCCGUACCUAUUCUCUUUCGCCGGCGCGCCGCGCCCCGGUGAUGCAGAGUCUAUAUUCGGCCACCUCGCCGAGCAGUGCACAGCGUCGCCCGCCUGCUCGCUCGUGGAGUGCAGCAAGGGUUCCAGUAACAAGUCCGAGUCUCCAACCAGCGUCAUGAAGCUCUUCCAGAGCUCAACGUUCUGCCUCCUUCCGCGGGGCAGCACGUCCACAACCAGGUCGACAUUCGACGCCGUGCUCGCCGGCUGCAUACCGGUGUUCUUCCACCCCGGCACGGCGUACGUGCAGUACACCUGGCAUCUGCCCAAGAACCACACCGAGUACUCGGUGUACAUCCCCGAGGCGGACGUGCGCAAGAACGCGAGCGUGGAGGAGCGGCUGCGGCGGAUACCACCGGAUGCGGUGGAGAGGAUGAGGAAUACCGUCGUGGGCCUCAUCCCAACGGUGACAUACAGCGACGCGUCGUCGAGGCUCGAGACGACGGUAAGUGACGCGUUCGACGUCGCGGUGGCGGCCGUCAUCGACAAGGUGGCGAAGCUGAGGAGCGACAUCGUGGAAGGCCGUGCGGAGGACGAGAAGCUGGAGAUGUAUAGCUGGAAGUAUCCACUGUUGGGAGAAGGGCAGAAGGCUGAGGACUCUCACGAAUGGGAUGCCCUGUUUGCAUUCAAUUAGCUCGUGUAUUUUUCGAAUGCAAUUACUAGUUCGUAAUUGUUGCACAAUUAUGAAUAACAUUGUUUCAUCAAGAAUUUAGGGCCGUCUGGAACAUAGGAAAAUUUCAGGAUUCGUACGGGUAUUUAGCGGUUUUUGCAAAAUUCAUGCAUUCCACACGGGGUGUUAAUAUUGUUACAACUUACAAAGCAUGAGAAAAGUUCAAUUAUAUCAUGGAUCGAGAU